AUGACUAAAACAAACCCAAGUAGUCUAGAUAUACUAGAUUCACAAAUUCCACUGUCACAAAGACAAGCAUAUAAAGAAUACUUGUCAACUUUAAACUCAAAAAAUUCUUGGGAAUUCUCAAUCGUUCCAAAUUAUUUUAAACAAUCACUUUUUGAAACAGAUGAAGAUAAAUUUGAUUAUUUAAGUGAAAAUUUCGGUAGAUUACACUCAUGGGAUGAAAUAAUUGCUGAUUUAAACAAAUCAAAUAAAGAAUCAGAUGAUGAUACACAAUAUAAGAUUUUUAUUUUGGCACGUCAUGGUUUUGGAUAUCAUAAUUGGGCCCAUGCGCAUUAUGGAGAUAAUUCAUGGAAUGAACAUUGGUCGAGAUUAAAUGGAAAUGGUGAAGUUACUUGGGGACCUGAUGCUAAUUUAACUGAAUUUGGUAUUUCACAAGCUAGGGAAAAUAAUAAAGAAUGGAAAAAUCAAAUUGAUCAAGGUUUAAUUAAACCUAAACGUUUUUUCACAUCUCCAUUAUCUAGAUGUAUUGAUACUUUAUUAUAUACAUUUGAAGAUAUAGUGGAUUUAAAACAACUUGGUUUUUUAGUUGAAGAAAAUUGGAGAGAAACUAUGGGAGUUCAUACUUGUGAUAAACGAUCAACUAAAGAACAACUUUUAAAAAGAUUUGAAGAAAAAGGUAUACAAUUUGAAAAAGGAUUUGUUAAUGAUGAUAUUUAUUGGCAAAACGAUUAUCGCGAAUCAAUAGUUGAACAUGCAAUUAGAAUAAAUAAAGGUUUCCAAAAUCUAUUUAAUGAAGUCAGUAAAACAGAUGAUAUAAUAAGUAUAACUAGUCAUAGUGGUAGUUUAAGAAGUGAAUUAAUGGUUCUAGGACAUAGAAGCUUUGCAGUUGGAACUGGUGGUUUAAUUCCGGUGUUUGUUAAAGCUACAAAGAAGAAAUAA